AUGGAACACUUACCAACUUUGGACAACAAAAAUUCUGUCAACAACUCCAAUCUCAGGCAAGAAAUUGAACCUCAUCCUCCAGAAAUCGCUUCUCCACACGCAAACGGUCGUGCUGCAAGGAUUCCCACCAAUCCCCCUCUAGAGCCGCCCACCUCCAUCUCAACCUUAUCCCUGUCAUGGCGGGUUAAACGAGAACAACUGGCUUGA